ACACAAUUUAAUUUAUGCUCGCAAUCUUCUAAUGGCCGUUAAAUAAAGAAAGGAUAGGAAGUGAAGCCGAAUACUUAGUUUAAACGAAUAUAACAUGUACGACUUUAAUAGUAAUAAUAAAGUACCUGGAAUUUAUUGGCUAAAGCAACCAAUCGAUGAUUUACAGAUAAAAAUAACUAUCAAACCUCAAACUUGUGCAAUAAACUUACCAAAAUAUGAAGAAUUCCUGAACAUCUCAACAACAGCUGAUUUGGAAAAAAUUGAGCACGAUAAAAAUGAUGAACAUAUUUUCAAAUGGCAAGAAAAAGUUUUCAGUACAUGGGAAAUUAAUAAUUAUACUGAAAUACAUAACUGUGUUACUGAAACUCAAUUAGAUCAUAGCAAUACAUUAAAUUCUAUAGAACAUAAGCCACAAAAAGUAUUUACUUAUAUACACAAAGAUUGUUAUUUACCAUUACCAUUGGAUUUUAAUAAGACUAAAUAUCAAGUAGAUAAUUUCAAUCUACUUUCAUGUUUUAAGAAUUUAAAUUUAGGUGGUAAAUUUAGUGGAUCAUUCGGAGGCUCGAGUUCUACUCGUCAAUUGUUCCAUAGUGAAGAUAGUGUGUUAGAAAAAUCAAAUUGGAUUGCUAUGUAUGUUGUGUAUGAUGAUUCUUCUUAUACAGAUGACUCCCAGCUUAUAAUAAAACAAGAAUAUAUCCUCUUGUCUUUGUAUUAUAAUACCAUAGACAAUUAUCUUAUAAUAUCACCAGAUGCAAAUGAUUUGAUGCAGAAUCCUUAUAAAAUUCCAACUGAAACUUGCUCGGGGAACUUUGAAUAUGGAGUUGAAACAAUAUUUGAUGAUUUAAAGAGUGAUCAGGAGUUGAUUAAUUUGCUCAACAAAUUGUACACAAAAUGGCAGAAGAAACAUGCACAAUUGAUACAAUUUAUUCAACCAUCACCAGGGAGGGAGAAAUUCUAUGUUAAUAUUGAAAUUUUAUCAGGAACAAACUUUGAUAUGGAUAAUAUUUAUAUUGAUUAUGAAAUCAAGAUUCCAGAAGAUAUGAAAUGCGAAGGUAUUCUGAACGGUAGAACUCAUGUCAGCAAAGCGACAAACAAUGAUAUGCUUUGGACAUAUGGGCAUAUGAUCGAAUUGGAUAUUGAAAUUCACGAGAAAAUAGAAAUAUCUCCUGUACAAAUAUAUUUAGAAGCAAUAUCCACGGACUGGUGGGGUAGACAUCGCACUGAGGGGUACUGCUACCUACCUCUAACGUUAAUACCCGGCUAUUAUAAAGAAGUAUUGACCUGCUCCAGACCUGAGGAGAUGAACAAGGUAGAAGCAAAUACCCGGCGAUUCUUUGUAGGAGGAUGUCAUUUGAUUAAGGAUUUGGAAGUUUUAUCAAAACCACAAUUACAGAAUGCAAAUUUUACAUAUACAGUAACAGGAAAUAUACAUCUGAGAUAUAGUAUAAUCAAACAAGCGAACAGACAAAGUACACAAGUAUCAGGUGUGCCAGCGGGUGUGCCCACCAGCUGUGCACUGCUGCAGGGAGCUGAAGCUGUCCUCAGGCAGUACAGCCACGCCACAGCCAGGCUCGCUGCUGCCACCAAACAUAUUGACUCUGCUCAUUGAAACCUGACAAUAUGUCUAUCUCUUUUGUGUGUAUGAAGAUAGAGAGAGAUGUGCGUAUCUUCACCAUUUAUCUUUAUAAAUGGUAGGCGAUUGCUUCGAAAUGAUUACUUUAGCUUCGUUCCGAUUUAAACGCAUCUGUUGAUGUUAUGUGACAGUUAAUAGUAUCUAUAUUAUUAGUUCGAAUUUACACCACCGCUACAAAUCGUUGCCAUCAGCGCCAAAAUGGCGAAUUUCAAGAAGGCACAUGAUACUCCAUCAUAUAGCCAGUCCAUUUGUAAAGGUGAUCAUCACCAAUGCUGGCUGCAGCACAAAAUGCUAUACAUAUGUGUCAAUA